GCGGCAAUGUCAUAUGACUUUGAAUUAAUAAAUUAAAUUAUUGUUUUUUUUUAAAAUGUGGAACUUGAGAGUUGAGAGUAGUGCUUCCCAACUAAUCUUUGAUCCUUAGUUUUCUUUCCCAACCUAGCAUUGGUAAUUUUAAGCCAGAAAAUUAGGCCCAACGCAAAAACUUGACCCAAUCAGAUAAUAUUUUUUUUUCUUUUGACGGGGAUAAUAAAUUCAAUAGUCUGACAUGUUAAUUACUUCACCAUUCUUUUUUGCACUCUGUAGAAAGAAACAUCAUGAAUUUUUAACACUUGUUCUUCUCUCUCUCCAUUUGUUUCCAAUAAUUAAGCUGUCGAUUUCCUCUCUCUUCUCUCUAAUUUCUUGGGUCUGAAUUUUAUGAUUUCCACCGUUAAUAGAUUUCAAGAGCUAUGCAAGUUUGCAGCGUAACGACAAGUCAAAGUAGAUAGUUCAUCUGAGUUUAUUUGUUGAUUGAUGGCUUCUUCAAAUGAUGCUGACGACACAUCUAACUCUCAGUCCUUGACUCAAAAUGUCUACAAGGAUCCAGAUGAUGGACGCCAGCGCUUUUUGCUUGAAUUGGAGUUUGUUCAGUGUCUUGCAAAUCCAACUUACAUCCAUUAUUUGGCACAGAAUCGCUACUUUGACGAUGAAGCUUUCAUUGGCUAUUUAAAAUAUCUUCAGUAUUGGCAGCGGCCAGAAUACAUUAAAUUUAUAAUGUAUCCACACUGCUUGUUCUUCCUCGAGCUUCUGCAAAAUGCAAACUUCCGCAAUGCAAUGGCUCAUCCUGGGAGCAAGGAAUUGGCACACAGACAACAGUUUUAUUUCUGGAAGAACUACAGAAACAAUAGGCUGAAACACAUCUUACCCAGACCCCUUCCUGAACCUGAUCCUGCUCCUCCAGCUUCAACUGCUGCCCCACCACCCCUACCUCCUGCUAUUCCUGCCACGUCUGCUUCUUCUCCAGCCCUUUCUCCUAUGCAAUAUGCAAUCCCUCCUGGAUCUGGCGUUGCAAAGAAUGACAUGAGGAAUAGCGGCACUGAUCGAAGAAAGAGGAAGAAAGAAGGCUGAGUGUCUUAAUUGCUGGAGGUUACUGGUGAAUUUAUUCAUAUAUAUUCUGGGAAGCAGGAUAUGGUUGGACUUGUUACCUUCAAAAUUAUUGUUGACAGAAAAUAUUAUUACUCAGAAAGUGGACCUCAAAUCCUCUUCAACAGAUGCUAUCAGAGUAAGAGAGGAAUGUUUUUCGUUUUUGUUUUUGUUUUUGCUCUUUUGUUUUUGUCUUUCUUCCCAGCUUUAAUAAGAUUUUAUUGAUGGCUGGUGUUCAAAAGCAAUUGUAAGCGCCUUAGAUACUUUAAAAGCCCUGCACCUGAAAACUAGUUAGACUCAUUGUAAGAAAUCAGAAUUUCUACCGACAAUAUGAGGGAUUGACCUCAUUCCAUUUCCAAAUUGUAUGGCAGGCAAGAGGGAAAUGAGCUUUGAUUGAAGAAAAUUCUUAUCUUGCUUCUCUAGUGGAUGUUACUCAUUGUAAUGUGAAAUUGGCACUUCUACUAGAUACUUUUGACUCUUGGGGAAGUAUGAGUCGGGUGUUUCAGUUCU